AUGGCUGGCCUGAGACUUCGGGGACUGGCAUCCUCCAAACUUUAUCAGCGCCGACAGGAUCAGCUAAGUGGCACAGGUAACAUGUCGGAUGCUCUCGCGAAUGCGGUGUGUGAACGCUGCCAGACUCGGUUUGAUCCUGCGGAGAGGAUUGUGAACAGCAAUGGGGAGCUCUAUCACGAAAACUGCUUUGUCUGUGCUCAGUGUUUUCGUCAGUUCCCAGAAGGACUUUUUUAUGAGUUUGAAGGUCGAAAAUACUGCGAGCAUGACUUUCAGAUGCUGUUUGCCCCUUGCUGUGGGGAAUGUGGUGAGUUCAUCAUUGGACGUGUUAUCAAGGCAAUGAACAAUAACUGGCACCCAGAGUGUUUCCGCUGUGAGCUCUGCGAUGUAGCACUUGCUGACCUGGGUUUUGUGAAGAAUGCAGGCAGACAUCUGUGCAGGCCGUGCCAUAACCGUGAAAAAGCUAAGGGGCUGGGCAAGUACAUCUGUCAGAAGUGCCACCUGAUCAUUGAUGAGGAGCCUCUGAUGUUUCGGAACGAUUCCUACCACCCGGAUCACUUCAACUGCACCCACUGCGGGAAGGAGCUGACUGCUGAGGCCCGGGAACUGAAGGGAGAGCUGUAUUGCCUGCCCUGCCACGACAAGAUGGGAAUCCCCAUCUGUGGAGCCUGCCGCAGGCCUAUCGAGGGACGAGUGGUCAAUGCUCUGGGAAAGCAGUGGCACGUUGAGCAUUUUGUUUGUGCCAAAUGUGAGAAGCCCUUCUUGGGGCACCGACACUAUGAGAAAAAAGGACUGGCUUACUGUGAAACCCACUAUAAUCAGCUCUUUGGAGAUGUCUGCUACAACUGCAGCCACGUGAUAGAGGGAGAUGUGGUAUCGGCUCUUAACAAGGCCUGGUGUGUGAAUUGCUUCUCCUGCUCCACCUGCAACAUCAAGCUCACACUGAAGAAUAAGUUUGUGGAGUUUGACAUGAAGCCUGUAUGCAAGAAGUGCUAUGAGAAAUUCCCUCUGGAGCUGAAGAAACGCCUGAAGAAGUUGUCAGAGCUGGCAUCCAAGAAGGCACAUCCCAAAGCUCUGGAUUUAAACUCUGCUUAA